AUGCUGGCGGACUACAGUCGGGAGCGGUCCUUCACCAUAGGUGGCACCACCAUCAACCCGAGCACUUGGAGACGAUGGCACUUGCGCAUUGGCGGCUGUUGCAGGUGGUUCUGCGGCUCUCCGGUCUGGCCCGGGGGGCCAGAGACCGUGGAGCUGCGGCGGCGCUACGCGGAGAUCGAGGCCACUUACGAAGGCAUCAUCACCCUGGAGGCCAAUGGCCGAGGCAUCGAUGACUACUUCACGAAGAGCCAUGUGCUUGGCGAGGGAGGCUUUGGCACUGUUUGGCAGGCCACUCCCACGAAGCGUGCGGUGAAGGCGCUGCCUGCCUUGCGGAUGGGUCAAGGCUAUGCCUUGAAACGCGUGCGGCUGCCACUGCGGGACGCGGAGAUCGAGAUGAUCUCCAAGAGCCUUUUGGGCGUCAGCACAGGGCGCAUGCUCCAGUUCUUGAAGGUGAUCGCUAGCCCCGAGGCCACGGAGGAGCAUGUGACGCGGAACCUGCUGCGGAUCUUGGAGAUCCCACACACAAUGCAUAUCGCGAUGGAGCUACUGGAGGGGCCGACCUUGCGGGAUUGGCUCGUGCAGCUGGAAAACAAGCCACUGCCUGAGACUCUGGCGAGCGAGCUGGCAAAGCAGAUGUUUCAUGGAGGAAAGUUCUGGCGUGAGAAGUGGAUCUGA